AUGGAGAUUGUGUAUGUGUAUGUGAAGAAGCGAAGCGAGUUCGGCAAGCAAUGCAACUUCUCCGACCGCCAGGCAGAGAUGAACAUCGACAUCCCGCCCAACCCGGAGCUGGCCGAGCUGUACGUGGAGCGGAACCCCGUGGACAAGGGCAUCCAGUGCUCCACCAGCAUGUCAGAACACGAGGCCAACACAGAGCGAAUCGAGAUGGAGACACGGGGUGUCAACCACAUGGAGGGGGGCUGGCCCAAGGAUGUGAACCCCCUGGAGCUGGAGCAGACGAUCCGCUUCCGGAAGAAGGUGGAGAAAGAUGAGAACUACAUCAACGCCAUCACGCAGCUGGGCUUGAUCAUGGAGCACUGCAUCAAGCAGAACAAUGCCAUCGACAUCUACCAGGAGUACUUUGUUGAUGAGGACACAGUGGAGGUGACAGAAGAGGCCCCCUCAGCUAAAACCAUCAAUGUUUUCAGGGAUCCCCAGGAGAUCAAGAGGUCGGCCACACACCUGUCCUGGCACCCUGAUGGCAGCAAGAAGUUGGCGGUGGCCUAUUCCUGCUUGAAUUUUCAACGGGCGCCUCAGGGCAUGAGCUAUGAUUCCUACAUCUGGGACCUGGAAAACCCCAACAGGCCUGAGAUUGUCCUGAAGCCAUCGUCCCCUGUCAUCACCUUGGAGUACAACCCCAAAGAUUCCCACGUGCUCCUGGGAGGCUGCUACAACGGGCAGAUCGCCUGCUGGGACACCCGGAAGGGCAGCCUGGUGGCCGAGCUGUCCACCAUCGAGUUCAGCCAUCGAGACCCCGUGUACGGCACCAUCUGGCUGCAGUCGAAGACGGGCACGGAGUGCUUCUCGGCAUCGACCGACGGACAGGUCAUGUGGUGGGAUAUUCGGAAGCUGAGCGAGCCCACUGAGGUGGUGAUCAUGGACAUCACGAAAAAGGAGCAGAUCGAAAAUGCCUUGGGGGCCAUCUCCCUGGAGUUUGAGGCUACUUUGCCAACCAAGUUCAUGGUGGGCACCGAGCAAGGCAUCGUCAUCUCCUGUAACCGCAAGGCCAAGACAUCGGCCGAGAAGAUCGUGUGCACCUUCUCCGGCCACCACGGCCCCAUCUACGCCCUCCAGAGGAAUCCGUUCUACCCGAAGAACUUCCUGACCGUUGGUGACUGGACCGCCCGCAUCUGGUCAGAGGAGAGCCGCGAGUCGUCCAUCAUGUGGACCAAGUACCACAUGGCCUACCUCACCGAUGGCGCCUGGAGCCCCGUGAGGCCAGCGGUUUUCUUCACCACCAAGAUGGACGGGACCCUGGACAUCUGGGACUUUGUGUUCAAGCAGUGUGACCCUGCCCUCAGCCUGAAGGUGUGCGACGAGGCCCUCUUCUGCCUCCGGGUGCAGGACAACGGGUGCUUCGUGGCCUGUGGCUCCCAGCUGGGCACCACCACCCUGCUGGAGGUCUCCAGCGGGCUCUGCACACUGCAGAGGAACGAGAAGAACACAGCGACCUCUAUAUUUGAGCGGGAGACCCGGCGGGAGAAGAUCCUGGAGGCGCGGCACCGGGAGAUGCGGCUGAAGGAGAAAGGCAGGUCGGAGGGCAGGGACGAGGAGCUGCAGGAGGAGGAGACGGCCGUGGACCUGGACGAGCUGGUCCGCAAGGCCGAGGAGGAGUUCUUCGACAUCAUCUUCUCCGAGCAGAAGAAGAAGGAGGCGGAAGCCCUGAGGAAGGCCAAGCUCCAACGGCCAAGUCUGAAGCCUGAGGAGGAGACAGAGGGAGAGGAGGAGACGGAGGGACAGUCCCAGGCAGAGGGAGAGGAUGAGCCGGAGGAUGAAGGGGACCCUGAGGACACUCCAGCCUGAAACCCACAUGGGUGCCUCCGUCUCCCACCUCUUGGCAUCACCCCCAUUUUAUAAGUGGGGGGCUGAGCUCCUUAAAGUGUCACUGGGGGAGGGCAGGGGGAGCGAGAGGGCCCUGGCCCGGCUGCCACGCUCGCCCCACAGAUGGCUGGCCCAUGCUGACUCACUGAGCCUGGUUCCCAACGACCCCUUGGAGCGCUGGGACAGAGCUCGUCCCUGUCCUGGCCACAGCAGCAGCUCCACCUCAGGUCUCACCAGCCUCUCCGCCUGGCCCCCCACGUCCCCUUCAGCUUCUCAAGGGCCACCCUGGUCGUUUCGCUCCACGAGCUUGCACGGCCUCCCCUGGGCUGGUCACGGCCACGCAGACCCUCGGACGGACCUGGGGCGGGGGGCCGUCCUUCUCCUGACCCUCCCCGUCCACAUGUGACCCGGGAACAGGAGGCCCGUCCACUCUGAGAUGUCUGUCCAAGCAACGCCCCUGGUCGCUUUACCUCCAGGAGGGUCCGACAGGUGCACGAAUCCGGCUCCGUCACCCUCGUGCUCCGCAAGCUUUCUGUUGCCUCCAUUCUUGUAAAUUAAA